CACCCUUUCUGCGGCCGUGACCCGCGUGUACUUGACCCAGAGCAGCAGUUGCCAUUCAGUGUCGCCGAUGUGCCAUGGGUUCGGUACUCGCAAGAACUCUGCCAUUAUUGCGAAGAAACUUGUGCUUUGCGUGAACCUGCGAGAUCUGGCAUGCACGGGGCUCGUGCUUGUGUUAUAACCUUGGAGUAUAUCGCACACUGACCCAAGUGAACGAUUUUUUAUCUUCCCAUAAAAAGAACUUAUCAACGACUCGCGAUUUCGUGAUACCAGACAUUUAUCAGUCGCCGGGCAGUGUCCGUGAGGAUUGUCAGUUUCCUCCGCCAUUUGUUGUCGAGGCCGUAACGCGUUGCAGUCCGUAUGACGAAAGUCGUUACCUCGGGUGGCCGAGGUGGCAUGUACGUGCUGGGCCCUGGCGGCGUCACCCUCACCCUCUCCGCCAUGGACGACGAGAGCUGCUCCGAGGUGUCCAGCUCCUCGCCGCUCACCACCCCCGGAGCCGUGUCCCCCCAGGCCUUCGUCAGCGUGGGCGUGGAGAUGAGUCCGCCGAUGACACUGGCACUCACUGACAUCGGGGAGGUUGACCUUAACUUUUGGGACCUUGACCUUAACUCCCACAGUCCGCCGCACAGUGCUGUCGCCUCCACAACGUCCAUGCUGAGCCAACGCAGCGUCGCGGCGCCCUCUGAAUCCUCGCUCUCAGGUCGAGAGGAUAUGUCCUCGCCGUCCUCCUACAACGGCUACGGCACCGAGUCCAGCGAUUACAAGAAGAAGAAGGGUCCCGUACCUCGCCAGCAGGAGGAGCUCUGCCUCGUGUGCGGGGACAGGGCGUCUGGAUACCACUACAAUGCUCUCACGUGCGAGGGAUGCAAAGGCUUCUUCCGGCGAUCAAUCACCAAAAAUGCAGUGUACCAGUGUAAAUACGGUCACAACUGUGAGAUGGACAUGUACAUGCGCCGGAAGUGUCAGGAAUGUCGUCUCAAGAAGUGUCUGAACGUGGGCAUGCGACCAGAAUGUGUGGUACCGGAGUCCCAGUGUCAGGUCAAACGAGAGCAGAAGAAGGCGAGAGGGAAGGACAAAAAGGAAUACCCUCCCGUCGGCUCGCCCAUCGCCGAGGAGAAGUUCCCGGCUGUCAGUCCUUGUAAUACCAUGGGACCAAGUGAGCAAAGGACCUCAACCAGUACAUAUUACAAUAAGCUUUAUGCUGGAUGCAUAAGCUUGAACUUAAGUCCUGUGCCACAACCCAUAAAGCCAAAUAUGCCUGUGCCACCUAUGACCAGUGACCAAGAGGAACUCAUAAGUGCUCUAGUACAUUACCAAGAAGAAUUUGAACAGCCAUCAGAAGCAGAUAUCAAAAGAAUACAGGAAAUUGGAAUAACUGACGACGACUCUGAAGAUCCCAAGUUCGAACACAUCACUAAGAUGACCAUCUUGACAGUAGAACUGAUCAUAGAGUUCUCCAAGCGCCUGACUGGGUUUGGUGACCUUCUCAGGGAGGACCAGAUUACACUCCUCAAGGCAUGUUCAUCAGAAGUUAUGAUGCUUCGAGCUGCGCGUCGUUAUGACGCAAAGACCAAUUCUAUCGUGUUUGGAAACAGCUACCCUUACACAGAAUCUGAGUAUGAAACGGCAGGCUUGGGAUUCUCAGCUCCAAUGCUCUUUCGCUUCUGUCGUAAUAUGUGUCGAAUGAAAGUGGAUAAUGCUGAGUAUGCCCUGCUAGCAGCUAUGUCCAUCUUCUCAGCUGACAGACCAUUCCUCCGUGAGGCUUACAAGGUGCAAAAGCUUCAAGAAAUAUACCUGAAUGCACUGAGUGCGUAUGUGGCAAACAAACGUGCUAUGAACUCAUUCUCAAUAAUGAUAGGAAAGUUGUUAAAUGUUCUUACAGAACUACGAACCCUAGGGAAUCUGAACUCAGAGAUGUGCUACCGUAUUCAAUUAACAGACAAGAGGCUUCCAGACCUCUUGAAUGAGAUAUGGGACGUCACACCUAAAUAAACAAUGGGGUAUCCAAUGUAACAGCCCUAUUCAAGCUGUGCCACCACCACUUCCCAGGUGCCAUGUUCUGGAGGUGGCCUCUGCAGCUGCGAGAGGAAGGUUGUGAGCCACCUAGGGGUGGUGGGUGGUCCCUACACUAUGUACCUGCAGGCUGUGAGUGAGAGACUGAUAAUGCUGUGGUAAAGGCUUCACACUGAUGCCCACGGCCCACUUUCAGCCACCUGACCUGUUUUUUGAGUUAGGCCGCCGUUUUGACAGUGCCGUGCAGUCCACCACCAGUGCAAUGUUGAUUAUAUGAUAAUGUGCCCAGUGAGUCUAAGGGGUACCAUGACAACAGUAUAGCCUUUCUUAUUGUCACCAAUGUUAAAGAGCCACUAUGUGAUAUAGUGGGAAUUUUUCACUACACUGUAAAAACAUUUUGUGUAUGAUUCAGCAUGAAUAAAUGAUGAGUAGUUGGAUUUUAGGUAAUUGUAUUCAUGUGUUUAUAUAUGAGUGUGUGUGUUUAUGUAUGUAUUUCUUUGUCAGUUUAUUUGUUUUGAGUGUAUUAGUAUGAAUGGAAUGUAGUUCUAUUUUUUUCUCUCCCUUUUUUUAAAGUUUGGGGGCUCAAAAUAAUUUAUUUUUUUAGGCAAAAUUUUGUCAUUAAAAAGUUUGAAUAAUACUAUUCUGUGAUGCCAAAGAUGCUUAAGAACAGUGUUACAUAUCCAGUAACAGAAAAUUUGCACUUAAAAUCAGUUACUUCCAGAAAUCAAUUUUUAUAAGUGAAGUAAAAACAUGUAAAUCUUAAAAAAUGAAUUGGUGUCUAUUCUCACAGAAGAGCAAAAUAUGUCACCCAAUUUUGUGAAUGCCUCUGUGUACAUGAGUCUCUUUGUGGAUACUUAUAUAUUUAAAUAUAUACAUAUAUUGCAGAAUAUUGCCUGGUAGCUAAUAUUUAGUAAUAAUUAAGGCUAUACUGUAAUGUUGCCCAGAUAACUGAGCGAGCCACGAUUUGGCAGGCAACGAACUCCACGUGCCUUGCUUACAGUCAAGCUUCAGUUUCCUAUCUUAUUCUCAAGGUGCUCCUGAGGGACUGAGGAGAGUGAAAGUUAAAACACAAAGGAACAGUGCGAUGUCUUCUGAUCCAUAUUUUUAUAUGACUCCUUACUUGUUAAUUUAAUGAGCUGGUAUGCCGUCCUUACAAGUAGUAGAUUAUUGAAAAUAUUAUUAUGUUAAUAUUAUUGUGUAAUGUUAUUAAUACUGCUAUAAAGUGUAUUCAUAUACCAAUAUCCCUGCCCUUACCUGUGGAAGGUUGUGUAAAAAAGUGUAAAUAGGAAGUGAAAUGGGUUUUGCAAGUUGCUCCUGUGAAAUGUGUAUUGCAGUGGAUAAUCAGUGCGAAUCCAUCAGUUUAGGGGUAAGUAUAUAUGGCAUUGUGCAGAGCUGGUCUUUUAGCUGGUCAGUCAUGGGUCACUUCAGAGUAUCUGACUGAUCUGUGGUACAAAGAUAAGAUCUUAGUACUAGAUGGAUAAGAAAGAUCUGUAUUACAUUAUGUGGAUGAAUGUUACAGAAUAUUUUUUUCUGGGAAUGUGUAAAGUUUGAAACAUCAAUAAUGAGUAGUAAUGUUUUUUGUUUUGUUUUUUUUAUCUUAGAAGCAAUUUUAAAUGAACAUGUAAAGAUUUCACAAUAAUGUUUAUAAUUAGAAUGCCAGCAUCUGUGUGGUGAUCCUUAUAUCCUUAUCAGUAAUAAAAGGAAAGUUAAAAAUUACUAGUAGCCAACUAUACAGUGAUAAUCAUAUUAUAUCAAAGAAUACCCUGACCUAUUGGUAUGCAUCCUUGGAUAUUCAGGGGAAAAGUGCAUAUUAUCUCAGAGACCCUAACUAACCCUAAGAAAUGCCCUUUACCUUCUCCCCUAUUGAGUAAGGUCAGGAUGUGUCAAGCAUCAAUGCCUCAUCAAAGUCCUCAUCUUGACAUGUGAAUCUCCUGUUACACUGGUUUGUCCUAACCUAAUCCCAAAAUUUAUCAAUUAAAUUUAACAAUAUUUAGUGUAAUUUUGCAAACUGGUAGAAAUUUUGAAUUUACCUGAAAAGUACAACUGAUAGUAUAGAUUAAGCUAAAGUAAAUUCUUAUUCUAAGGGAAUGUGUAGGGUGCUGAGGAAUAAAAAAAAAAUUGUCCAGGGUGCUAUUAAAAAAAAAUGCUGUUUCCAGAAGGGCUCAGGAAUUCUGCCUAGUGACAACAGGAACAAUUUAGCUUGUGUGUUGUAAUAUAAGCAAGUCCAUUUUCCUUUGCUGUAAAAAAGGACAAUAUGACUUCUUCACACUAAAGCUUAUAAUUGCCCGUCUUGUCACUUAUUACCUUAGGAGCAUAGGUUGUCCAUAUAUUCUGUAAUGCCUCAGAUUUAGGGAUAUCAGUUGAAUCAUGUUGCAGGAUUUCAUUCGCCUCUUUAAAACUAUUAAAUGGAGAAGUUGCUCAAAUGCAGAUACUUGGCCUGUGCACUGUCAGAUGUGUUUCAUAGCUGAGUAAGGAAGUUUUAAUAAUUUGAAAACAGGUCUCUGAAAUUGCAAAAUGAGAGGAAUAGGCAUAGCUGAAAUCCCUGAAGCUGGUGAAUUACCCCACCCUUGGCUUCUCUGUGUUGUGUGAGCCAACCAUGGUAUCUACUUCAUGUUCUGGAUAGGCGAUAUUGUGUAUAUUUGUGGUUUAAUUGAUCCCCUUAUAUACGAAAUCCCUUUUUCAGACUGAAAUAUAUUUGUAUAUCAUGAAUCCAGUGCAUUAUCUCAUGUUGUUGUUUGUCCAUAAAUAUUGGUUGUUUGCUACAUUUCAAUGUUUUAAUAUUGUCUGUGAAGCAAGUUUUGCCAAACAGAAUAUGUUGUAUGAAUGAAUAAGAGUCUGCAAGGUAAAUGCAUAAAGUUGUAAGAAUGAAUGUGUGUAAGUACAGAAAGACUUCACCACUGUAGAAUUAAGGUCAUCUUCCAUAGACUUUUAGCUUAUUCUCAUCUUCAUAUCUUCAUUAUUUGAUAGCCACUUUCAGCACAUAGAAGGGUGUUUAGUCUGGGUAACAAGUUGGUUAAUCAUGGCUCAAGCUGGGCUACAAUCUGGAUCUGUAAGAGUUAAGAAUCAAAAGGAUUAAAAAAUGACUGUGAUGGUAAUUUGCAGGCUAUAAGAUAAUGCAUUUCAUUUUUUUUACAAGAGAAUGUCUUAUUGAAUUUGGCUGAACACAAUGUCUGAAUUUUUAGAUGGAAUAAUUUUAUAGAUGUUUAGAUGUAAUUAGUGUUAGCCAUUUUAGUCCAGGUCUUUAAUACUGUCUAAAGUAUCUGUUGUUAAGUUUCAUAUAAGAUGUUUAUGAAUAUAAACUUCAUGCACAAAGCACAACAGCCAAGUUGCCAGUCUCUUACUCUUCCACUUGACCAGCAUUAUCAAAGCAUAACAUAGGUUUCUGUGAUACUUUACCCAUAGUGAAAACCACAUAAUGAUCAUGUUGUCAGAGACAGAUUAUGAAUUUUUAAUGUCUGUAAUGCACAAAUAUACGGCACAAUCUAUAUUUUUGUUUACUGUAAAGAUGUACUAUGGACUAUUAGAUAUUGAUUAUAUAUUGCUUAAGCUCAAUUUUGGUUUAGUACUAUUUGGAAGGAUAUCAAAUUGCUUUGUGAGAUUUAAAAAAUAACAUCGUAAAUGACACCGAAGAGACUCACAUAGCUAAACCUAGUAGUUCAUCUGUACAGUCUGCCAAGAUCAGUAAAUAUUUAUCUUGCCAGCAAAGCUGAACUUUAACCAAGUCCAGAAAUCAGAUACUGAUUUGGUUAACUACUGCAAAUUAAGUCAGAUAUACUUCUUCCAAAUACUGUCUGUCUCUGUCUUUCAGAAUUAAUAGUCUGUCUUAACCAACUUGUUGCCAUAAUUGGUAGGUUUGUGGCUGGAUAUCCACCUGGAUAGAUUGGGAGUGAAUGCAGCGAAAUCCUGUUAUUAUAUUUUCUUGGAUUAUUUUUUAAAAAAGCAAGACUAUUGCAUGUAUUAUGUGAACCAUAUUGUCAAUACAGUAUUCUGUGAGAGAGUGUCUUCAAAAGUAAUUGGCUGAAUUUUAAUGAUCACCUAAUCACUUUUGAAAAGCCAUAUACAUGUCUCUCACUGUCCUCUUGAUUGGUUGGUUUCUAAUGUCCACAAGCCAAUGAGGUGUCAGUUAUACGUCCAAGCUCCUGCUUAACCAAAUGAUUGUGACAACUUCUGCUGGAAAUGAGCAACUCAUCAUUAAUUUUGAAAAGAUUUUUUUUAUAUUAAAUUUGGAAAAUAAUAAAAUUAUCUUGUUUCUCUA